AUGGAAAAGAAGCAAGGCGACGACGCUGCCAACAACGGCAACGACACAGUUGUCUUGUCCCCACAUCGACUCCAGCUUGAAUUGAGAACUCAUCCUGUCCGUGGACGAGGUGUGUUUCCAAAGGAACGGAUCAAACGCAAUACGCUUAUCGAAAUCUCACCUGUUUUGUUGUUUUCGCCGGACGAGUACAAGGAACACGGUCAACAUACUGUCCUUGAUCACUACACGUAUAUAUGGGAAGGUGGCCAAUUUGCCCUUGCACUUGGUCUUGGCUCCAUGUUUAAUCACAACACCAACCCCAAUGUGGGCUACUAUAGAGAUUUCAAAAACAAGGUCAUUCGUUACACGACAACGCGCGACAUUGAAAUAGACGAAGAAAUGUGUAUAUCUUAUGGCUCGAAUCUUUGGUUCGAAGACACUGAAGAGCAAGUUGAGUCGGAUCUCGACGAACAAGACUGGUUGGGAAGCUUUGAUUUGGAUUAA